GAGGGCGUCCACCUGUUGAACUGCGCCUUUGAAGGAGAGCCUCGACUGAUGUCUCUUGUCGUGGACUGCACUAAUGACUUUGACUGCAGCGACCUGGCGUACGAGCCCGACGAGAAUAGCGUGUGCGUAAAGCACACCACGACUUGGUACGAGGACUGGUAUCAGUGGGAAGGCGGGAACAAGUCGUGCACCUUCCCGUCUGGAAUCACCUUUUCGUGGGAGAUUCCGCUCGAUGCGCAGUCGAAUCCGGACUACACCGGUAUUGGACGGGGCUGGAACGGACGUAGAACCUUCGGCGGGUACAAGGACAACCAUAGGCGCACCUUCUACUGGAGGUCGCACACCUGCGUGAAGAUUUACUAUUACGUUUGA